AUGACCGCCGCAAUGCCGUCCGCGGCAUGCCCCGUUCCGACUGUCCCGGACGGCCAUUACGUGCCGGAUAUCAACCCACAAUUCCCCCGCACCGAGUACAAGCGUCUGGCAUCCUACUCAGACCCCCUCAUGCGUCCGCACUCGCGCGUGCUCUGGGCUGCGCGCGACGCCUCAACCGAGUGGGCGCGCGCCUUCGCCAAGCAGGACUGGGAUGCGAUCGACGAGGCGACUGUGCGGCUUGUCGUGUUUGACAAGGCGUACGAAAUCACAAGCAGCCCGUUUGGUUUUUUACCUUCACCUCGCACACGCUCAUGUCACAGAAACCAGGCGCAGUGGCCGCUUCGUGGGUCGCAGCACCCGCGCGAGUGGCGCACCGAGACCAACGAAUACCUCACCAUAUCCUUUCUGCUGGCCGUGCUCGCGUUGCAAGGUGCCGGGCAACACAGCCGCGUCCCGCUCCGCAGCCGCGUUCUCGCCUUUUGCCGCGCGGCACUCGACCUGUGCGCCGAGCCCGUCGUCGAUGCCGGCCCCUCCCACCUCUUGCUUCUUGACGACGACCACAAGCCGCCUCCGCCCGCCUCACGGGGGGACCGCAUCGGCAGAUUGCUCGCGCAGUACGACCCCGCUGUGCGGCACGCCGCCUUCCUGGCCAAGCCGAUGCCGCGUGACACGGCAGCGUUCGUGCACGACCCGCAACGUCGCGAGUACGUCCUUGGUGAGCACCCAGACAUCCCGGACCGACAUCCCGGACCUCACGCACGGCGUGUCGGACCGCAGCUCGUUGGCGUGCGAGUCGGCUCGGGGAGAUGCCGCGCCGGCGACUCUAGUGCCAGCGUCGGCGCGUCAGGACAUGCAGACUCCUUGAGCGCGCCGUCGUCGGGUGAGCGGCGUAGCUUGGACGAACAGCGGAGUGAGCAGGAGAGGCCAAGGUGGAAGGAGGGGUCCAACUGA